AUGGACUUACAGCCAAUACGGCAAUUUGAUUAUCUACAACGGACACUUUCAAUUUUUUUAACAAAUCCAUCUGAUAUGUCUGAACAAUUUCAGUUAUUAAUAGAUGAACUCAUUAAAGAAAAUAAACAAAUCAAUAAAUCACCAAAGUCUUCUCCUGAAUCUUCAUCAUCAGAUUCGAAAUCUGAUUUACAAGCAACAUCUAAUUCUCCACAACCAUUACCUAAGAAACGUUCAGCACCGUUAACAACAAAUUCAAAACCACCACCACCAAAACGUUUAAAAUCUUCGGUAAUUAAAGAUGAUGAUGAAAUACCAAAAAAGAAAAAACCACAAUCAGAAGAAAUUAUUCAUACAAAUGAUAAAGACGAUGAUAUCUAUCAAGAUGACGAUGAUAAUGAUGAAAUCAAAUCAAAAUCAUCGGAAUCUCAAAUAAAUCCAUCAUCAUCUCGUGAUAUUGAUGAAUUUGCUAUUGAAUUAGGUCUUGUUUGCAAUAAAUGCAUGGUUCUGACAGAAGAAAAAGACAAUCGUUUAGUUGACUGUCAUGAGUGCCAUGCUAAGUAUCAUCAAAAAUGUCAUAAACCACCCGUCAGUACUGCUGAUAUUAGUGAUCCUCGAUGUUUAUGGUACUGUGCAAAAUGUCGAAGAUCGAUUAAUAAACGACAACAAUCACAAUCAUCAAUAAAAGAAACAAAAUUAAAUAGUAAUCCUUCUUCAUCAAUUAAUAAAUCAAAAACUACCGAAUCAACAUUAACUACGGGAAAAAAAAGUAUAUCAACUUCUAUUACAGAUGUAACUACUGGACUUUUUUCAUUUAAACCAAAAUCGUCUGAUUCAAUAAUAUCUGAUACUACAACAAUUAGUAAUCCAUCAAUAUCUAGUUCAAAUUCUUCAUUAACUAAUGGUAUUACAACAAAAAAUACUAAUGGUUGGGCAUCAUUAGCAACUGGAUUUAAAGAAAAAAAGACAACAUCAGAAGUGACUAGUACUACUUCGAAUAGUUCAGCAAGUUCAAUUCUUGCUGAAUUAACAGCAUUGACUACAACCAGUAAUAGUAAUAAUACAAAACGUUCACCACCAUCACCUAAAUCAUUAAGUUCAAUAUCAUUAAAACAAUCAAUAAAUGGUAGUAAUACAGGAUCAUUAAAAACAACAAGUUCAUUAUCACUUUCAUCAUUGAAAUCUAAUAAACCAUCAUCACCACCUGUACUAAAACCUCAAAUAUCAUCAUCAUCAUUAAAAUCUACACAAAAAUUAUUACCAACAUCUAAAACUUUACAACGAAUUAGUUCACCGACACCAUUAGGUCGACAAACAUCCGUGGUUAAAUCUCCUCCAUCAACAAGUACUACAACAUUUAAUCGUUUAAGUAGUUCUUGUAGUAAUUCACCAUCAUCAACAACUGGUACAAAUACUAAAAUAGCAACGGGUCUUGAUUUUGAAAAACGUUUAAAACAAAUGAAAAAACUGGCUGCUGAGAAAAGUUUGACUAAGAAAUUUUGA